AUGAGGGCUGGGAUAUUGCCAGGUUCCCCACGCCUAGACAGGGAAAGUCGCGAGGCAGAGGUCGGAUUCGAACCACGGACCUUCCGGUCAGUAAAUUCGCGCUAUUAUUUGAAACUGGAAAAAGGUUGUAUCUUACAGUUCAGAGUCUUCGGGGAAAAAGAAGUGGAAGAAGUUUUUCGGAUGAUGGAUCGAAAUAAAGAUGGUGUGAUUUCGCAAAAAGAAUUCUUGCAGUUCUUGAAAAAAUAUGGGCACGAAAGAGAUGACAAGCACUUGUUGAACCUGUUUCAUAUGGCUGACUGUAAUGAUGACAAAAGGCUUUCGUUGAACGAACUCAAAGCAAUCCUAUGCCAAAAACACUAAAUAUACAAUCGGACUCUUUAAUCAUUUGGUUUUGUUGUCUACUUAAUCUAGCGCUGUUCG